CAAAUGCCAUUUUAUCGUCUGAGAAUCAUAUGUUACAUGUUCAAUAAAUGUUUAUUUACCCCAGUAUAGCCAGUAUCUCUCCUGUAUUCAUCUUGUGUUGGUGUUGUAUACAACGCGAUGUCUGCAUGAUUUCAAUGGCCCCGUUCCCACUUCCUACCUCCUACUUGUGUCUCCUUUGCCACACCCAACUUUAAACUUCAUUUUGAGCUCAGCUACACACCAGUAAAGUUUCGCGACUGCACCUUGCACGGUUGCGACGUUAUCGCGGUAACAUAAUUUGUCCCCAGAGAGAUGGAAACAUAAACACAUGGCAAAUAUCUCAAAACAGCUACUGUUGUAGCUCUUGCUACAGAAGGGGCCAAUUCCAAAAUAUACCCUUGUCUAGCUGGGAAAAGUUAAUUUGAUUGUGUGUGUGUGUGUGCGUGCGUGCAUCUCCAUGCUUCAAAAAAUGUCCACUUCUUAUGAUCGCUUCUUCAUACUACAUGUCCCAUCAUGCACCUCCGCUUUUUCCACAGAGUUUCUUCACUUGUUAUCCUCACGCUUUUACUUCACACGCGUAAAGUGUAAACAGCAAAACACUCGUAUGAACAUUUGUCCAUCCAGCUGCACACAAAAGUCAGUCCAAGUUUAAAAACGUAAUUUCAAGAACGUAAGAUAACGUUAGUGAAACGGGUAGGAGGGACCGGACGUGUCCAGCACGCACACCGUGAGUCCAGCAGCGCGGACUGAAGUCCAACACACCUCACACUCCGCCGUGCUACGAGGUUCACGAGCAGGUAAAACCGUUUAAAACUACUUCUGGUGACAUUGUAGUGACUUCAAGUCUUCAGACGGUGUCGUUGGCGACCCGCAUCUGAAAUAGUGAUUUGUUUUCACCAAGUUAUAGAAAAGUUGCAUGUGACGUUUAGUUGACGCAAAUGCAACCUUACAUUACAGCCUCGAAGUAACGGUACCGUGACAGUUUACUUCAAAGAGUGCGGAGGAAGAAUGUGGACUUUUGUAGUAAACGGUUUGUUAUAUAUAAAGUUAGUUAAAUGAAGUGAACUUCUCGCUGUAUGGCUGCUAUUCACGUUAGCUAAUGUUAGCAAAAACACAAAGUGGCAUUAUACUAAUGCAGCCUUGUUCCCGCUGUUGCUAUCAGACUGCAGCACACAGACGUGUUUACCUGCUGGUGACACGUGAGUGAGGCGUCACAGUGGAGUGCUGAAUGGGAAAAGCUCUGUCAUGCAGGUCUCAGCAGGCUGAGGGGGCCUUGGUCAGCCCUGUUCUUUACCAAAUCCUGGCCACAACAACAGGGACCCUUUUGUCUGCCCCCCCCUGUAAACUCAAGCUCAUAAAUCCUCUGUGCCCCAGACUCAAAUCACACUGAGAGAAAGUCACCCUCAUACUUCUCUGUUUGAUUUGUCAUUGAAUCAUUUGUUUUAGUGUGACAACAUGAGGAUUCUGUCACAUCUAGUUACAAAGUAUUGAUUCUUUAUUAUUUAGUCUAUCAAGUCUAAUAAGUAACUUCAUUUUUAAUGAAGUCCAAAGAAUGCAUGCAUACUUUAGUGAUGCAAUUGUUACAUUAUGUGAUAGCACAUUUAUGGUUACUGUGAUAACAGACAGCUUGCUCUGCUUUGUAUACUUUUCAUGCUGUCUUGGCCAUGUAAAAUAACUCAUGAACGUUUCCUUGUGUCAUCGGUCCUACACGUCCUUUUGUUGUCUCACCCACCCUCCCUCCCAGUCCUGUAUCUCUCCAUCCCUCCACCCGGCACAGACACUGAGCGCCAUGUUCACGGAGGUGCUGGUUGCUCUGGUGAUCGGCGGGCUGAUCUUCUUCCUGGUUCAGCGGAGCAGGACCCAGGUUCUAAAGACGGAGGAUGGCUGGUGGGGGGCUGGCGCGCCCCCCGACGGCGGGGAGGACGCCACCAUUCGCCCCUUUAAAGUCACCAGCAGCGACGAGGAGCUGGAGGACCUUUACAGGAGGAUAGACCAGACCCGCCCCGUCCCCUCCCUAGAGGACAGCCAGUUUAACUACGGCUUCAACUCCCAGUACCUGCAGAAGGUGGUCUCCUACUGGAGAAACGACUUUGACUGGAGGAGGCAAGUUGACAAGCUCAACCGGUACCCCCACUUUAGAACCAACAUCGAAGGCAUUGAUAUCCACUACCUGCACGUGAAGCCCAAGAAGGUGCCAGAGGGAUCUACUGCUAUUCCUCUGAUAAUGGUCCACGGCUGGCCCGGCUCCUUCUAUGAGUUCUACGGACUGAUCCCUCUGCUGACAGAACCGUCGGACCCACAGGAUCUUGUGUUUGAGGUGGUGUGUCCCUCCAUACCAGGGUACGGUUUUUCGGAAGCACCACAUAAGAAAGGUUUUGAUUCAGUUUGUGCGGCACACGUCUUUCACAAACUGAUGAAGCGCCUGGGCUUCCAGAAGUUCUACGCUCAUGGAGGAGACUGGGGCUGGCUGGUCACCACCAACAUGGCCCAGCUGGAGCCCGGGAUAGUCAAAGGCCUGCAUGUGAACUUUGCCCCGCCCUCCAAACCAGGCCUGUCCAUGGCUUUAUCCAUCAUGCUCGGCCGUCGCUUCCCCAAGAUGUUUGGCUUCACUGACAUGGAUAUUCAGCGUCUCUAUCCCCGCAUGGAGAAGCUGGUGGUGGAGCCCAUCAAGGAGUCCGGCUACAUGCACAUCCAGGCCACCAAGCCCGACACCGUGGGUCGAGGACUGAAUGACUCCCCGGUGGGUCUGGCUGCCUACAUUCUGGAGAAGUUCUCGACGUGGACAAGCCACGACUUCAGGAACCUGGAGGACGGAGGGCUCACCCGGAAGUUCUCUCUGGACGACCUGCUGACGAAUGUGAUGAUCUACUGGACGUCUGGCUGCAUCGUCUCCUCCAUGAGGUUCUACAAGGAAAACUUUGGCAAAGGCCUCGACCAGCCUCACUCUAAGAUGCCUGUGUACGUUCCCACUGGGUUCGCCUGCUUCCCCGACGAGCUGAUGCACACUCCCAAACUCUGGGUCGAGCAGAAGUACCGCAAACUGGUGACGUUCACGCCCAUGGCCCGCGGUGGCCAUUUUGCUGCCAUGGAGGAGCCCCAGCUGAUGGCCGAGGACAUCCAGAACUUCACGAAGACGGUGGAGAAGAAGAAGAAGAAGUAGUGGUCAAAGUGAAUGAUUUCUACAGCAAAGUAGUUUAAUAAUGAUAUAAAUUUCUUUGAUCAGUGAUGAUAAAUAAGAUGAAGUCUAUAGUUUAGGAACGUUUAGAGUCAUCUAUAACUGAUUAGACUCAGUAAACUAGUAUUUCCUUGAUAGGAUUAGUCUGAGAUUUGCAAGUUUUCUUUGAUUAAUCUGUCAAUGUUUCUGAGGGAGAACUCUUCUGCUCGUUUUCGUUGUGUUUUUGCACAUUUCAGACAGAAACUGAACUGUUAUUUCAAAUUGAGACAAAUGUUACAAUCACUGUGUCAAAGCCGAUGAAAUAAAGUAUGUGCUGAUAA